GAGGAGGAAGACCCAGUGGUUCAUUGGUUGACUGUAUAGAGGAGUGUGUAUUGGCAGUAGCUGGAAGCUCAUUCACGGCUCUUCUUGGGAGUCUGGGAAAGACAAUCAUGAUGAUCAGUGUGCUUUGAGCGUCCGUGUGAGAAGCAUUUGUUCCUGAGCGCCGUCGUCUAUGGACGUUUAAUACAUUAUUAUGUGAAUUUCCGACCGAAAAGAACAACGGACCUCAGGCUGUGGUGUCGCAGACACCUUUUGUUUUAGCACGCUCAUCACAUUCAACGUCGAGCGUUAUGAUAUGAAAGAGUUGAAGUGGAACUAUUUCAAGUUCAGUGCAGUGAUUACGGUAUUGACCGUGGAUCGUAGAUUGUCGGUACUUGCAAAGCUGCUGCAGUGUCAAGUUUCACCAGUCAAAGCAAAAGGAUUUGUGCUUCGUGAUUCUAAUCUGCUGGAUUGUCGAAAUCAUCCUGGUUUGCCCUUCAAAACUCCUCGGUGCGGAUUCCAUCCGAGACAAUCGUGAAUCAUCUUCAUAGAUCUCUUGAUCCAAGCCCAGUUGAAUGAUUCCGUGGUUUCUGUGUGACUCCUCCUUGCGCACAAAAAGUGUCAACUAUUCAAAUCCAAGAGUCACGAGAGAGAGAGAAAGAAAUUCGCUUUUACAACGUGAGAAACGGAUUUUAAUGGGAUCUUCUGUUGUUUCUCCCAUUUGUCCGUCAUUGGUCAUUGAUUCGCGUGUCCAAGUCUCAUAAAAUGCAAUCAAUAUCAUUUCCACUCACCGGCUGUUCUACAUAUGUUUAAUUGAACAAUCCUCCACUAGUCGACGGCCAAGCUUCUGAUUCUCCGUCAUUAUACUGUGAUAGCCUAUUCCAAGAUGAGAUUGCUCCCUCAUAUUCUCCUCACUCUUUGGAGUGUUCUCUACAUUCCCUCAAGAACCUCAGCUCAACAGCAUCUUUCUAAUCAGGAUCAAAACGAUCCGGAUGUGACCGUUCAGAGUCAUGGACUCAAACGACCAGACUUUAAAGUGGCCGAUGCCUUGCUCUCCGAUUGGGAGGGAGAUCAUUGGGCCUCUUUGGAUGCCGAUCUGGACAAGGUGUCUCUCUCGUGGACCACGGACAAGGAGCAUAUCACGUUCCAGUUGGAAGUCGUGUCCACGGGUUGGGUGAGCAUUGCCCUUACCUUUAGGGGGAAUCUCCCUGGAUCUGACAUCAUUGUUGGAUGGGUCGGAGAGGAUGGCGUGGCGACGUUAGUCGACGCUCACGGGGAUUCGGAAGGCAAGAUGAUCAAAGACAAGGUGCAAGAUUACCAAUUGAUUGUAGGAUACCAGUACCAGGAUAGCACUGUCCUUCGAUUCAAACGAAAACUCAACACUUGCGAUGGAGAUGAUUUGGUGAUUACGAAUGAUACGUUCCGCUUACGCUGGUUCUACAGUUCAAAAGACCCGCGAAACGAGAUGGACCUUCCGUAUUUGACCUCGGAGAGGCAAGGACAGCGAGCCAUUCACUUGUAUGAAACUUCCAAGUUCAAGCAAAGACAACCCAAGGCUCUGAAAUGGACUGUGGCCUCCAAUAGUGUGGUCCUUCCUCGAAAGCACACCCUGUACUGGUGUACCAUGAUUAAACUACCAGAAAUGCCCGAGAAACACCACAUGAUUGGCUAUCGACCGGUUUUAACUCCGGGCAGCGAGAAAUAUGUGCACCACAUGAUGAUUUAUGAAUGUCAUGAUGAAGAUGAUUCGGCUUCAAAAUUUCAUCGGCAUGUCAACUCUGGAUAUGAAUGUAAUACGCCGAAUAUGCCUAAAGAUUUUCGAAACUGUCGUGGAAUCAUUGCCGCCUGGGGUUUGGGUGGGGAGCCUUUCUUUUUACCGGAAGAAGCGGGAUACCCCGUUGGAGAAGAGCAUGGAGGAGCCACUUAUUACAUGUUGGAGGUUCACUACGAUAAUCCAGGAUUACAUGGAAAUAUUGUGGAUAGCUCUGGCUUGGAGGUAUUCCUCACUCCCAAUCUCAGGAAAUACGAUUCUGGACUGUUAACCGUUGGUCAUGAUGUCUCAUCAUUCCAACUGAUCCCCCCUGGGGAAGAGGCUUUCACCACUGUCGGACACUGCCCCGAGGUUUGCACCCAGACUCUACCUCAGGAGGGAAUAAAUAUUUUUGCUGGACUACCUCAUACUCAUAAUCUUGGUCGCGCCAUGCGUCUCCGCCAUCUGCGGAACGACCAAGAGCAACCUGUUCCAUUCCAGGAUCGAUUUUAUGAUCCCAAUUAUCAGACUAUGAGGAGAUUCGAGCUCAACUUGAAACCGAGGGACCAUUUGAUGACCGAGUGCACGUACAAUUCGAGUGAAUUGGAUACCUACACCAGAGGUGGAUUUUCGUCAAGGAAUGAGAUGUGCAUGAUGUUCUUGCAUUAUUAUCCGGCAACGCGGUUAGCCCACUGCGCUUCCAGGCUGACCUUAAAACACGUGUUGUUGGCCUUGGGGGUCAGUGUGUGGCCCAUUACACCUUCAACAAGACAUUUGGGACUCAGAGUUAGGGAGCCAUGGCAAUAUCAAAAUCUCACCUUCACGGAUUAUCUCCGGGUGAACGGGGGCAAAAGUCGAGCAGCCAAUAUUCGCCUCCAAGAAGCUAGUCUACAUCAUUCUCACAUGGCAGAAUGUUUCGAUUAUGGAGAGCGACGCGUUUAUGCGGAUGGCCUCGAGUUCUCCACACCUCGGAUUCACAAUCCUCUUUAUGACAAUGUAGGCGGAUGCUUCGAUGAGAGCCAAGGAACAUUUGCCUAUGAUCCACGAUUGAACCAACCUCUUCAUGCCAAUGCUCAUAAGCCUAUGGUCACAAUUCUGUCGUUUUCAGUGGCCUCAGUAUUCUUGCUGUACAUUCUGUUCUAAAAGCAAAGACUUUACAGAAGGCCGUCAAGAGUGUCAAGAUUCGAUAAUGAGGCCUGGAAACAAAACAAAUGUGUUCAUGAGUGUUUAGAGGAUAGCUAUCCAGUGUCAACAGUCAUUCAGAGGAACCUUAAAUAUCAUAAAUGUGGUUGUUAAGUGUAUGAUGCCCGAACGAUGAGUUAUUGUGUUGAGCAAUAAAAUGCCAAAGAUUAGAAUGACUGUUAGCACAACGGACGAAAUUUUGUUGAAACCCUAAUUUU